CGCAUGCGCGAAGGGCCAUUCAGAGACUUCAUGAGGGCCACCCACGCAUGCUGCGGUGUCGCCCUCUCAUGCGUGCUGCGGCGUCGCCCUUUCAUGCCUGCUGCGCUGACGCCCUCAGCGCGGUUUUCACUCGCUGGUGGCGGUUCCAUUCGCUGGCUUCAUCCCGCGAGCCAUCCCCGACCGACCGGAGUGGACAGAGGAGCGAUGGGCGCCAACGAGCAGUGCCUUUGUCGAUGGGAGUUCAUCUUUAGCGGUGGUGAGAGUUCAUUUUUGACGGGGAGAGUUCAUCUUUGACGGUGGUGAGAGUUCAUCUUUGACGGGAAGAGUUCAUUCUAGCAUCCCGCGCCGACCGAAUACAGGAUCCGCUCCUUUGUUGGCGCGCAGUCAUCGGGGUACCGGGAAUUGGUCGCUGACUAGCGCGGCGACAAUGAAUGGGCGUCCAGAGUGAAUGACCCAUUGGCAC